UGCAGGGGACACCAGGGGAACCACCCCACUGUGGCCAAGUGGGUGUGAGUCAGGCAGCUGCCUGGCCAGUUCAGCUCUUUCUUCAGGGAGGAACCUGGGAUGGGGGCGGGCAGAGGUUGCACCCCCAGGGACUGCCAGGGGGUAGGCCUCCAGCUUCCUCCAACUUGGGCCUAGGUGGCCCCAACUGGCUAAAGGUUGGGGUCCCUUGGCUGGUCAGACGAAUGGUUAGUUAAGACUUUGAUGGCGGUGGUGGGGGGUUGGUGGAGAUGGAAGGUCUAUGGGGGAUAAAUGGUGAUGGGAAACAAAGUUGUGCUCACUUUGGGGGCACAUCUACUAAAAUCGGAACGAUACAGAGAUUAGCAUGGCGCCACCACAAGCAAGAAAUCUGGAGGCUCGGAGGGGCCGGAGCGGGGACCCAGGAAGCUGCAGGUGCAUUGCUCCUCGGGUCCAUCCUGGCUCACCUGGUCGACUCUCCCCAUCACAUUUUCAAUGCUUUAGGGGGGCAAAUACAUGGUGACGGAAGAGGAUUUAGCUUCGGGUGGUGGGCACACAAUGUGAUAUACAGAUGGUGUGUCAUAGAAAUGGACACUUGAGACCUACGUAAUCUUAUUCACCAACGUCACCUCGAUAGAUUUAAUUUAAAAAUAUUUUACACUGUAGGAGUGGCCCCGCCCCUGGUGAUGGUGGUGGGGGAAGGUUAUCUCCUCUUGGGGUCUUAAUUAACAAUGAGAUUCACUGUGUGUUUCUCUGGGAGCAAACAGAAUCUGAGUCCAACUUAGAAACUGCGGGCAAAGCACAGCCAAGUGCAAAGAGGGAGUUCAACACGACCCCAACGCACCGCCCAGACAUGACAGGAACAGCCUUUUUCCCUCCUGAGCACGUCCGGGGGCAGUGUCCGGCAGAGGGGAAGGCAGAGUUAUUGUUCACAGUGACAGGCCCAGAGCCCACUCACCUUAGCCCCUUUCGAGACAUAUCCCCACAUCCCUGGCUGGUGUAGCUCAGUGGAUUGAGCACCAGCCUGCGAACCAGAAGGUUGUCGGUUCAAUUCCGAGUCAGGACACAUCCCUGGGUUGUGGGCUGGUCUCCAGCUGGAAGUUUGUGCAAAACAACUGAUUUGAUGUAGCUUUCACACACUGAUGUUUCCCUCUUUCUCCCCCCCUUCCCCUUUCUGAGAAAAAUAAAUGAAAUUUUAAGUCUUUUUAAAAACUUAUUUUAGAUAGAUUGUAAGGGAGGCAGAAAGAGAGGGAGGGAAACAUCGAUGUGUGAGAGAAACAUCAUCGGUUGCCUCUAGCAUGACCCCCACUGGGAACCUGGCCCACAACCCAGGCAUGUGCCCCGAUGGGAAUCAAACUGGAGACCCUUUGGUUCCCAGGCAGGCUCUCAGGCCACUGAGCCACACCAACCAGGGCCAUUGGUUGCUUCUUAUAUGUGCCCUGAGCAGAGAUCAAACCUGCACCAUUGGUGGGUCUAGGCGAUGCUCUAACCAACUGAGCUAUGCGACCAGGUUAAAAAGAAAGUCCCUGCUUUUUUGAUCUAGCAAUUCUGCUUCUGGGAAUCUGUCCUUAUUAACUAUUGUGAAAUUGAGAGAAAACCCCAUCCUCAACGAUGCAUGUCCUUUUCUAGGGGUUGUUAGUUUCAGAAGGGAACUGGAAAUAACCUAAACGCCCAGGCAGCUUCAAAGGGAGGCCUGAAGGAGGGCUGAGAGACAGUGUGAUAACAAAAGCAGGUCUCCCACUGUGAUUCUGAGUGAAAACAGCAGAAUCACGCUGGGCGUGUUGAAGAACACAGAGCCAAGGCCAGGAGGGAGAGGCAGCGCUGGCUAGCACAGGCUGCUUUCGCUGGGGACCAGAGAGCACCAGGCUCUGGCCUGAUGGCUCACUCCCUGGGUCUGCAAGGAAAACUGACAGCGGAAGACGCAGGAAUGAACUCCAUGCGCUGAGGGUUUAUUCCUUUGAAGCUGACACUCUUCUCUAGAAAUGAGCAAGCAGAGGAAUACCUACCUGAAAGUCCCGGAGAUGCUUGGAUGGAAACAAAUGUGAACGAGCCAAGUGGACCUCCUGCUGCUCAGACACCAUGGCACCGACGAGCCAGAGGAACAGGGCACCGCUGGCCCCCAACCAUGUGCAGGAGGUGCGUCUGCACCAGGUGGAUUCCAUCAGCGACCUACACAGCGGAGGCUCACUGCACUCCUACCUGGCCGAGGAGGCACAGCCGUGGGACGAGCUGCUGGGCAUCUUGCCACCAUCGCUGUGUGCCCAGCCUGGCUGCAGCCCCGUGCCCAGCCGUGGGGGGUUCCUGCUGCUGCUUGCAUUGCUGGUGUUCACCUGCCUGGCACUCGCCAUCCUGGCUGUCUACUUGAGUGUGCUGCAGAGCGAGUCCCUACACAUGCUGGCCCACACACUGCACAAGCAGGAGGAGACGCUGCUCAGACUCCGGCUAGCCAGCCUCAGCCAGCUGCGGAGGCUCAACUCCAGCGAGGCCCGAGCACCCAGCUGAGUUGCCGCUCAGACCCGGAGUCUGGGGGUGUGUGCGCCGGGGAAUGAAGUGGCCACUGACAGGUUCCUCCUCUCCCACUGCUGCUCCACACUACUUCCUUGGUGAGGUUUUUGUGUAAACCUGACCCGACUCCACAGCUGCUGUUUCUCCUCGCUUCUUCGGGCCAAGCCUAGCCAAGCCUCCAGGGGCCAAGGCUCUGUUUUGGGUGGCCCAAGGUCAAGAGGAAGUGACACCAGCCUCCCGGGCCCUCCCGUGGCCUGUCUGCCCUCUUUGGCAUCCCCCAGAUAGCAGCUCAGAAGUCUAGAAAUAUCUGCCCCACCCGUCACCCAAGCUUUGCCAAGUCUCCUGGCGGGGGGUGUAGCCUCAACUCUCAAAGACAGGCCAGACUGUGAUUAGAUGGCCCCUCCCCAGGGCCAUCUGGAGAGACUCUUGGAGGGCAAGGGUGAGAUAGAAUUGGGAAGAACAAUCGGGGCCCAGGCUUGGGGUGGGGUGCAGGGAGGAAGGGCAGGCAGUGACACCCAGGAGCCAGGGCCACAGAAGGCUGAGCACUCAGUUUAAUUAUCUCUAAUAUUCUUUAAAAAUUAGCACAGAAAUCCAUUCCAGAUAGCCUCACCUCCCCACCUGUUGUGACAUUUGUCCAGAUGUCACCCCCCCCAAGGAAGUGGUUCAUCCCUGGGGAGCAAGGCCUGAGAAAGGAAUCGAUGACCUUCCGACUGCCUGCCCCACUGAGACAGGGCAGGCAGAGACCACAGUGGCCGAGUGUGGGGGUGGAGGGCCGGGACACCAAGUGGCCUGGCCUCCAGCCACCCACCCCAAGGUCUUUUUGGUUUAGUCAUUAAAAAAAUAAAGUGACAAUUUCUGGCAGGCA